GUCAUGUAUUCUCUAUCGACAUUUUGUGCGAGGAAAUAAUACUACCGCUGAGUACCGCUGAGUACCUACCGCUUGUAACUGAACAUGAAUCGUAAUCGUAUUCGAAGUGAAAGUCUUUCGUGCAAUUCAUGCUGAUUUAAAAGGAGGUUGAUAUUGAACUUAUUUUAUACGUUUUAGUUUUGUUUCAAACAACAUCAUAUUGAACAUGACGGAUCGAACAAUAGCGUCUCGUCCCAGUAUGGAGCAGGUCACAGCUAUAGUGGACUUUAUGGAGAAGCAUCCAGCAUUGGCCUUAGGCCAACUGAGAGGGAUGGAGGGAAGGGACGAGAGUAAAAGGCUAUGGUUCAAACUGACCAGGAUAGUAAAUAACUUGUCCGGCCCCACUAGACCCAUGAAGUCUUGGAUUAAAUACUGGGCAGAUAAAAAGUCAACAGUCAGGACUAAGGUAAUAAGUUAUGGUGAUGGUAAUUCUAAUAACCUGUGCUCCAAUGUUGAGAAGAAGAUAUGGGAUUUGUUUCUUGCUAAUGAUGCUGGCAAAACACGUAAACCAGUGAAACAGGAAUCAAGUUACGUAGAGGAUACUUACUUCAAAGACGAUGGUGUCGAGGAAGACAACCAAGUGGACUCAGACCCAGUGAUGCCUUUCGAAGAACAGACUAUGGACAUGGAACAGAGGCAGAACGCUAUCAUGGAGAGACUGGUGAAGGCGAUGAGUGAGCAGGCGGGCGCGCUGGCGCAGCUGGCGCAGGCGGCGCACGUGAGCGCGCAGGCCAUGCACAGGGCGGCCGACGCCGCGCAGAUACAGUCUCAAGCAAUAGACCGUCUAGCGACAACAUUCGAGACGAUUAACGCCGCUACCCACGACGUCCGCAACGCCCUCGUGGACAUCGACUCCACGAUGAAGCGCCUGUACUCGACGCCGGGCACCUAGCACGCGUACCACUGACUGGACGACCACGGACCGGGGGUCGCAGACGCCAGCCCGCUACAGCUAAGUCCAGUCAUGCUCAUAGAUGUUGCUGAUUCUGAACCUGAAUGUAUGGGAUAGUGUGCCACAUGUGUAUGUACAUGGGCGUAGCUACACUAGGGCAAGCUGGGCGCUUGCCCCACCCUGGCUCUGACCUAUUACAAAACAAAAAGGAUGAACGCAUAGAGGCAAGCUGGGGCAGUUGCCCCACCGUGGCUCUGACCUCUGAUAUGGCGAAUUGUUUUGUCAAAACGUGGUUUCACUCGAGGAUCGCCGAAUCAAAAAAUACCGGAGGGGGUGACUGUUGCUCCACCCUGAGCCCAUAGCUGGCUACGCCCAUGUGUACGUAUACAACGUGUAUCAGAAUAAACGCAAGACCUUGCAAGGGGUCAUUGUACUCAUAAUUUUAAAAACUUUUCACAUUGGAAUAAUACUAUAAUCGCGAAAAGAAAAAGAAACCUCCAUACAUAGCUGGGCGCAUUACUCAAAAAAAUGUAUUGAACAGCAUUUUUUUGCGUUUAUAUUAUUGGUCUCAGAGUUUACGCCCAUUUUUGUUAUUUAAGAUAUGUGGCGUAAAAUAAUAUAGAAGCUCUCUAUACGUAGGUACUAUUAUUUGUAUAUUCUAGUUGUAUAGUAGCAAGUAACUAGUCAUGGAACUGUAAUUGAGAAAAGUUUAAUUUAUAAAAUAACGUUUAUUCCUUUUUAUUCCCCUUUUUUUUAAAUAAGAACAUGAAACAUUAAAUGUACAUAAUUCAAUAUCGUUUAAAUGUAAAUAUUUUUUGUAAAAUAUAAAGGUUUUAUUUUUUUCAUUGCUUACGAAUCAGUAUGCAUUUA